AUGGUGAGUGUUGAAGAGAUACGUAAGGCACAACGUGCAGAAGGCCCUGCCACUGUCAUGGCUAUUGGCACUGCCACUCCUCCCAACUGCGUGGAUCAGAGUACCUAUCCUGACUAUUAUUUUCGCAUCACCAACAGAAUUUACGAAUAUAUUUCAGGUGACAAGUCAAUGAUUAAAAAGAGAUACAUGUACUUGAAUGAAGAGAUCCUGAAAGAGAAUCCGAGUUUGUGUGCUUAUAUGGCUCCUUCAUUGGAUGCAAGGCAAGACAUGGUGGUUGUGGAGGUACCAAAGUUGGGAAAGGAGGCAGCAACAAAGGCAAUAAAGGAAUGGGGUCAACCUAAGUCAAAGAUUACCCAUCUCAUAUUUUGCACCACCAGUGGUGUAGACAUGCCUGGUGCUGAUUAUCAGCUCACAAAACUACUAGGACUACGAUCCUCCGUCAAGCGUUACAUGAUGUACCAACAAGGAUGUUUUGCUGGUGGCACCGUGCUUCGUUUGGCCAAAGACUUGGCUGAAAACAACAAGGGUGCUCGGGUGCUUGUGGUUUGUUCAGAGAUCACUGCAGUCACAUUCCGUGGACCAAGUGACACCCAUCUCGAUAGCCUUGUGGGUCAAGCCUUGUUUGGAGAUGGUGCAGCUGCAGUCAUUGUUGGAUCAGACCCUGUGCCUGUUGAAAACCCUUUGUUUCAACUUGUCUGGACUGCCCAAACAAUCCUUCCAGACAGUGAAGGGGCUAUUGAUGGCCACCUUCGUGAAGUUGGACUCACAUUCCAUCUCCUUAAGGAUGUUCCUGGACUCAUCUCAAAGAACAUUGAGAAGGCCUUGGUUGAAGCCUUCCAACCCUUGGGAAUCUCUGAUUACAACUCUAUCUUCUGGAUUGCACACCCUGGUGGACCUGCUAUUCUAGACCAAGUUGAGGCUAAGCUAGGCUUGAAGCCUCAAAAAAUGGAAGCUACCAGACACGUGCUCAGUGAGUACGGUAACAUGUCAAGUGCAUGUGUUCUAUUCAUCCUGGAUCAAAUGAGGAAGAAGUCAAUAGAGAAUGGACUAGGCACCACUGGUGAAGGCCUUGAUUGGGGUGUGCUCUUUGGUUUCGGACCUGGACUCACUGUUGAGACCGUUGUGCUUCGCAGUGUCACUGUCUAA